AAAAUGUGUUGUUUUUUAUACUAAAAUCCUGCCUAAUCCUGCCUAAUCAUUAUAAAUGUUAAACAUAUUUUUAAAAAAAAAAUCAAAUUACUACGAAGACCGCAUAGGGAUAUAGCUUAAAAUAGGUUAACUACGAUGUACGUUAAAUAAAAUGUUUAGCUAUUUAUAAUACCAAUAGACACUUCCUUAUAAUUUUAAUUAUCGUGGCUAUUCGGACCUGGAAAACAGUGAGUGUGAGUGUGAGAGUGAGAGGCUGGGUUAGUUUAUAAAUUUGUAAGUAUAAAGUUUAUUAAAAAUAUUAAAAAUAUUAUUCAAAUUAUUGUUGGUUUUAUAAGACUAAGACAAAAUUUGAUAUCAAAUGAAAGAUAAUUGAAUGGACGGCUUGAAUGUUUGUAAACAACUUACUUCAAUCAAUGACAAUGUUAUUGUUACUAAAACUAAAAUAAACAACGGCAACGGCUACGGCUAAUUUGGAGAGAUCGGCCCUUGACGACGUCAUUUGCUUGUUUUGUUUUGGAUUCACUCCACUUAUUUUUUUUGUUUAUAGAGUUACAUUUUCCUAAUUAAAUUUUAUUGGUUGAUUAAUUAUAAUUUAAAAAUUUUCAUUGGUCUCCAAAAAAAAAUUGACAAUCUCUUUGCACAUCAUCAAAAAAUGGUGAUAGAAUACUGUUAAAAUGGAAACAUUUAUAAAAUUAAAGAUAUAAUUAUAAUAAUAUAUUUAUUUUAUGUUAGCAUUGAAUUUUUCUUAUUAAAUAAAAUCAUUAAUUAUGUUAUCAGAAGGCAUAAUUAUAUCAAUUAUUUAUGGGGUUAUUUUGGGGGGUUGGGGGGGGGUGUGUCCCUCAACAAAUAUUUUACGAUCACAUGCAACAUAAUAAAUAAGUGACUAUUAUCCUAAGUGAACUGUUUUAUUUUUUUAGAUAUCAACUUAAGGAAAUGCAUGCAGGAAAAUAGCUUGACUUUACAUCAUCAAUGCACCAAAAGAAGUCAAUGUUAUAUCUGUUUACUCGCCUUCAUCGGCAUAAAAUGGCCAAAAUAACAGUAGUGUUGCUAAUACUGUGUUUGGCUGUUAUAUUUUUGUUGCAUCAGCAGCUUUCAAAGCCUUAUCGUAGAGGAGUACCAGACAUCGAUCCUGAACUUUGGCGACUUCUUGGACCACAAGAUUUGACAAAAUUAGUAUGUUUUAAAAAAUGCAAUAAUACGAAAUUAACUUUUCACUUAUAAAUAAAAUGUGAAGAUUAAAUUUUUUGUACAAUAUCUGUUUUAAAACAUUUCUUAAAGAAAAUAUUAUGUUUUAAUCUUUGGGGGCCUAAAUGAAAUUACGUUUUUUAAAAUCACCUUAAUGUCAUAAAUAAUUCUCACAGACUUAUUGAACAUCUGCCUCAAACAAGUUCAGAAGUAAAUAAAAAAAUUAACCUAUUUUCAUUUAUUUUUUUUAGAAACCUGCUGUGACUCCUCAGUUACCACAGAUUCAUAUCAAGAACAUACCUCCCAUCAUCAUCAAGAACAGCUGGACAAUACGAGAAGUAGAGGAGCAAUUCUUUCGGUAAAUUUUCUGAAAUGCAUUUCUUCAUAGCAUGGCAGUAGUAGAUUUAAUUUGAAGCUUAGCUUAUAACAGGGAUUGAUAGGUUAGAUUUUAACUGACGUUACAUUCAUACAAAGAAUCCCUUAUGUUUUAUACAAGUUUUAUAAAAGUGACUUUGAUCAAGCUGUGCUGUCACAUUUAACAUUGAAAAUGUUGUUUUGUGACUUAUAUAGCAUUGACCAAGUAACAUUUUGACAUAUUACAGUGACCAUGCAGUGCUAUGACAUACAAACUUGACCAUGGGACAUAUAACAUUGACCAUGCUGUUCCUUAAUGUGUAACAAUAAUGGUGUUGUGACAUAUCACAUUGACCAUGCUAUGCUGUGACAUAUAACAAUGACCAUUGUGUGUUGUUAAAUUUAAUAAUGAUCAUGUUGUUCCAUGAGAUAUAACUAAUGGUCGAGGGACUUAAAUCAUUGAACAUGCUGUGCAGUGACAUAUAACAUUGACAAUGUUCUGCUGUGACAUUAAAAAUUGACCAUGUGACAAUAUGUGACGUCUAACAUUUUCCCUGUUCUCAGGUUUGUUGAAAACAAAGACAUCAAAUGUGAAAGAGAUCUACGUUUAGGGAGCUGGAAUGACGGUGGCUGGAAUGUCUGCAUGUCCCCUCCAUACAAGCUGCUGUCCCCUUGUGUUGUCUUCUCUUUUGGGUACAUUUUCAUGAUAUUUUUCUAUAAGUAAUUGAUAAAGGGGAUAUCACUUAUCAAUAUAAUCAUUCGCUUCUGUCGCCUGUCAUUUGUCUCCGGCUGUUGUCUUAUAUUUUGUAACUAAAAUGUCUACUUCUUUUGUCAGGAUUGGCGAUGAUUGGCAGUUUGAUGACAGCAUUGCCAACGGCUACAGUUGUACAGUCCUUGCGUUUGAUCCAAGGUAAUGUUGGAGUUAUACUAAUAAUCAAAUAAUAAUAAAGUUUAUUUUUUUAAGAAUGACGCUUCGUCCCCAAAGACUUGAAGCGCGGUACAAAGUCAGCCAUAUUAAAAGAAAAAUGAAACAAUCUAUAUUUUACCACAUUAAAACACAAAACGCAACACUACAAAAAACUACUAACUUGCAUACCCAUUCAAAGUCUUUCAUCCCUUGCAACCAUAAACAACACAGGCCACUAUACAUCUAGGAGGUAAUAGCUAGCUGGAAAAGGUGGUAGAUAACAUCAUCCCAGCAGAUGUUUGCAAAAUAGGUGCGUUUUCAAAUUGGUUUUGAAGGAUUCCAGUGUCUGGCUGUUUCUGAGAGCGACAGGAAGGCUGUUUCAAAUUGUGGGGCCAGCAAAUGCAAAUGUGUGCCUUGCGUAAUUCUCAAGGCGAACACAAGGUAUAGAGAGUUUGCCACUAUCGGAUGAGCGGAGUUGUCUAGUGGGUACAUAAGGCGUCAUGAACGCUUUGAGAUAGGAUGGUGCAGGUCAAGCAAGCAGCAUUAGUACAGAGUUGCAAUUUUGUACUCUAUGGGAGUGCGGACCGGCAGCCAAUGCAACUCUCUCGGAAGUGUUUUAGCAUGGUGGAAUUUGCGGUUUCGAAGAACAAUGCGAACCGCAUUAUUCUUGGCUUUUUGUAUUUUUUCCAGGAGCGUAGCUGGAAGACCCACCAUGAGAGCAUUGCAGUAGUCUAUGCAUGAUAACACAAAUGCAGACUUCAGCCUCUUUGAUGCAUCUAACGUUAAGAAAGGACUGAUUCUGCGCAGCUCUAGAAAAAUUGUCUUGCAAUGCAUGUAAAUAUGAUUUUCCAUAGUUAGUGUUCUGUCUAAGACACCAAGAUUUCACACUGUUUGAGCAAACUCAAUCUGCUUACCUGAGAGAGUAAGGGAUUGUGUGUUAUUUACAGAUUUUAGCUAUUAAGCAGUAGCAAUGGGGAUAAGCUUGGUCUUUUCAUUGUUCAAUUUGAGCUUAUUCAUUGUCAUCCAGUGCUUAACUGACUCCACUGUCUUCUGCUUCACACUAAGAAGCUUAGGGAACUGAGAGGGGAUCACGGAUUGAUGAAGUUUGGUAUCAUCCGUAAACAUGUGAUAUAGCAUGUCAAACUGCUUGAUCACUGCUGAACAUACAUAGUUAAAAGCACCGGACCUAGGACCGAGCCCUGGGGUACUCCGAAUUGGAUUAUAGAUUGCCUCGAGAUCAGGCCCUUUGCAAUAACUGAUUGGACCCGAUUUGUCAGAUUCGAGCAGAACCAUCUCAGGACGGUAUUGGUGAAACAGAAGUUUUUUGCAGACGUUGGAGAAGUAUGCCGUGGUCAAGCGUAUCGAACACUGCUGAUAGAUCAAGUAACGAUAAAGGGAUACCUGGCCCUUACCACAAGAUGACAGAAGGGCACUUAUGACGUGCAAUAGUGCUGUCUCUAUAGAGUGAUGCGCCCUGUGUGCUGACUGGAAAGGCUCAAACAAGUCACACUGAAUGAGAUGAUCCAGGAGCUGGCGGAGAACGACUUUCUCUAAAAUCUUUUGGAUACAAAUGGUAUAUCAGAGAUGGGGCGAUAAUUUUCCAACACAUUUGGGUCGAGAUUUGACUUCUUUAGUAGUGGAGUUACAACUGCCUCUUUAAAAGUGGAUGGAACAAUACCAGUUUUCAAAGAUUGAUUUAUGAUACUAGUGUAUAAUGGAACAACCGGAAUCACCUUGGACAUUCACCCCGGACAAAUAUUAUAUAUUUUUUUCAAUUAUUGACCUUGGCAAAUAAUACUAUUUCUACCCAUGCGGAUCCGAAAAUUUAUUUGAAAAUUAAAAUUUUAAAACUAGUCAAUAAACUAGCGUAUUAAAAUGGGUUGCUGGAUGGUUUUGCCUUCUCAAUUAUGUCAAUUUGCAACUAAUUGUUCAUUGGAGUUCAACCCAAGCAGAACCUAGAAGGAAAAUCCUCAUCACAAGCACCCCAUUGAUGCAGCCAGAAAAAAAUGCUACUUUAACAAUAACUUUGUAUGCACACAAUAUAAUAUAGCAAUGAGAAAAAUUAAUGAAUAAUCUCCCCUUAGCUGUGCACAUAUCCUAACAUCUUUACAUCCUUCCCUUAAUCACAACUUUAAAAUGAAAAUAGCUGGUUAAAGUCCAAUUUUAAUCAAUUUAUUUUUUUACACCGAUCAUAAGCCAAAAUCUAACAGCUAAUAUGGUUACAGGAAAUUUGAUCGAACAGAAAUUGGGUCAAAUCUUUUUUUCAGUUUACACAUUAAAAUUUUCGUCAAAUUUCUUUUUGAACGCACUAUGCUAUGUAGUAAAACAAAUAAUUAGCUCAAAAAGAAAUUUGAAGCAAAAUUUUAACGUGUGAACUGAAAAAAAGAUUCAACCAAAAUUCCGUUUGAUUAAUUUUCCGUCAAUCAACUUUCCGUCUACCAAAUUUCUUUCAAAUUUCUGGACACGAGCAUAUAUAGAUGAUACAUCAAUAAUAAUGCUAACUGUAGUAAACUGAUUCCUGAAUUAAAAUUAAUUAUAACUGAAUGCAUUAUAUUAUCUGCCUUUACUGAGUAACUUAGUUUACCGUCUUGUUACCUUAUUUUUACCACAAUUAUCAUUUACUAUGAUGUCCACUUACAUAAUUUCGUCCACUUUACCAUUACUAUUCCAGCCACAAGUGUCAUUUACUAUGAUGUCCACAAACAUAUUUAUGUCCACUUUGCCAUUACUAUUCCAGCCACAAGUGUCAUUUACUAUGAUGUCCACUAACAUAUUUAUGUCCACUUUACCAUUACUCUUCCAGCCACAAGUGUCAUUUACCAUGAUGUUGACUACACAAUUGUGUUCUAUUUUACAUUAGUAUUCCAGUUCCACGCAGUAUGAGAAGUCCUCUAAUACACUUCAGGAAAAUUGGCCUGGGAGCCAAGAAUGAAAGAAAUUCUAAAGGAUGGGACUUGAAGACACUGCGUCAACACUUUAAAGAUGAAGGAUAUUGGGGGGUAAGUUGCUAAUGGGGGGUAUUCGCUAUAUGGAGUAAGCUGUUAUUGGCCGGUAAAUAGUUAUGGGGUAUACAAAUUUUUUGUGUUUAUUGAUAUGGUGUUAUUUUGAUAUGGGUUAUCGACAGGCAAGUCUGGAUAUUGUGGUGGGAGUAAGUCUGGAUAUUGGGUGGGGUAAGUCUGGAUAUUGGGUGGGGUAAGUCUGGUUAUUGUGUUGGGAGUAAGUCUGGAUAUUGGGUGGGGUAAGUCUGGUUAUUGUGUUGGGAGUAAGUCUGGAUAUUGAUGGGGGGGGGGUUAGGUCUGGAUGUUGGGUGGGGAUAAGUCUGGUUAUUGACAGGUAAGUCUGGAUAUUGUGGUGGGAGUAAGUCUGAAUAUUGGGUGGGGUAAGUCUGGUUAUUGUGUUGGGAGUAAGUCUGGAUAUUGAUGGGGGGGUUAAGUCUGGAUAUUGGGUGGGGAUAAGUCUGGUUAUUGACAGGUAAGUCUGGAUAUUGUGGGUGGGGUAAGUCUGGAUAUUGGGUGAGAUAAGUCUGGUUAUUGACAGAUAAGUCUGGAUAUUGUGGGUGGGGGUAAGUCUGGAUACUGUGGUGGGGGUAAGUCUGGAUAUUGGUGUGGGGGUAAGUCUGGAUAUUAAGGAGGACUACAGUUAUUGAUGCAUGAACUGGUUUCCCCAAAGUAGACUUUAGAUAUAUGCAGCCGUAAGUUAAGUGAUAUUUGUGAGUAGUUUUAGACAUUGUUGUAACUAGUUGUAGAAUGAAAGUUGCGAGUUUUAGAUAACGCGAUUUUUGUAAUUGCGGAAAAUAUGUAAUUUUGUUUUAGAUAAGACAUUGACAUGUUGCUGCUCAUGUCUUCCUGGCACAGGUAACAGUCGACUAUGUCAAGAUGGAUAUAGAACUGAUGGAAUGGGAUGUUUUAAAACAAGUCAUCCGCGAUGGUUCACUUGAGCAUGUCAAGCAACUCGGCUUUGAGAUGCACACCCCAGAAUUGUCCCGGAUAUACAAAAAAGCCAACCAAACACUUCCUGAGCGUAACCAAACUGCCGCUAAAUUGGAGUUCAUACAAAUGUUUGAAACUUUGCAUGCACUCGAAAGGAUUGGAUUCAAGAAAUUCAACUACAGGAUGAAUCCUUUUGGGGACUACAAGUCUGUUUACACAUCCAGGGAUAGGUCCUGUUGCUAUGAACUACAUUACAUCAACACUCGCUUCUUGACAGAAAAUAACACUAUAGUGCAUAGCAAAGAUUCUCCACUCUUUCACUGAGCAACGGUUCUUGUCUAUUUUAUUGACCAAAGUUUUCUCUUCCAGUAAUCAAGUGUUCUCAACUCUUUCACUGAUCAAUGGUUCUUUUUAUUGACCAAAGGUUCUUAUCUUUUCCACUGACCAAGGGUUCUCAACUCUUUCACUGACUAAGUUUUAUUUCCCCUUUCAUUGACCAAGAGUUCUUAUCUCUUCCUUUGACCAAGUUUUCUCAACCCUUUCAUUGAUCUACAGUUCUAAACCAUUAGGCUGACCAAUGAUUUUCACCUUUAUUACAUUUGUUUGUUUUUUUAAAUCAUAUUUUUGUUACAACAGUAGCAUACUCAAGCAUCAAGCAUUAUUUUUGUAUAACACUUUCUCGUAACAUUCCAUUGUGAACAAACUGUUCAUUUUUUACACAUUGAUUUUUAACAUUUUUUCGUUAUGUAAAUGACUCACAUUUGUAUAUUUUAUAGCAGGGCUGCACAACUCAAAAUAUAAGGAUGUUGUGCAGGCCUGCUUUAUAGUAAUGUUUCAAACUGACCUAUUUUUUGGUCAAUGUACGCAUUUAUUGAUCAUGUAACUAAUGUCUUCAAGGAUAUUUUUUUCAUAAAUGUACACAGUUGUAGGUUGUACAUAGAUGUUGGCUGUACAUAGUUAUGGGUUGUACACAAAAUGUGAUCUAUUACAGGUCCAGGAAAAAUUUAUGAUAUUUUGUUUGUGCAAAUGACUCAAGUGGCUCAAUUGAUGCUCAUACAAAUUGCUUAUUUGUUCAGAAUGUUUGAAAAUGUCAAAUGUACAUUGCUACAAUAGAGUACUUGAUAUUUAAGUGAUGUUUAAAUAGCUUACUUGCUAUGUUUCAAUGCCUACUGUUUGCUCAACCACGGGUUUAAAAAAUGGUUGUGUGAUGUAAUGCAGUCAAAAAUGUUUCUAUUCUCAUUGAGGUAACAACAACACGAGUGAUAGUACAAUAAACUGAAGCAUUUAUUUAAUUGUAAAUUGAUAUAAAAAUUUUUUUAUUUGAAUGUUGUUUGUUUGGAUUUGAAAAUGAAACAUAUCAGUAAACAAGGAUGCUAUAAAAAGCUUUAUUGUUAUUUUGGGAUUGGAUUACCAUAUGGGACCCUUGGAUUACUGUAAGGGGCCCUUGGAUUACCAUAUGGGACCGUUGGAUUACUGUAAGGGGCCCUUGGAUUACCAUAUGGGACCCUUGGAUUACCGUAAGGGGCCCUUGGAUUACCGUAGGGGACACUAGUAAAUGAUAACAUGAAAGUAAAAGUUAUAUUCUGGUAUUAAUUAAAAAAUCUAUUGUAUUUCGAAA